AUGGAAAUUACUGAACGGGUUCGUGCCUUACUAAAUAGGUCCCCCGGUCUCCCUGUGUCUCAGCCAACGGUGUCGUCAUGGCAGGAGCCAUCUCAUCCGACCGUUGGAGCGACACAAUCGCCUAACCUACCAGCCGAAGUGGAUGUUGCAAUCAUCGGAUCUGGGGUGACCGGGUGCGGAGUAGCCCAUACUUUGCUCAACCAUCCAAAUGCUUCAAAGCUCCGCGUCACCAUACUAGAAGCACGCGGAGCAGUCAGUGGGGCCACCGGCCGCAACGGAGGUCAUCUCAUCUCAAAUGCAGAUGAACUAUUCCCGCCAAUAGCUGAGGCGAUGGGGAUGGAAGAGGCCAAUAAAGUGGCACAUCUGAGCGAGAGGACUAUUGCUUUGUUGAAAGGGGUUUGUAGCAGCCUUAGUGAAGAGGACCAGGACGCAGCAGAAUUGCGAUCUGUGGCGAGUACCAUUGCGUUCGAGGAUGAAGGAACAUUUAAAGAAGCGAGGCAUGCCAUUGAAUUUGUCCAAAAAAACAGGGAUCAGUCGGUUUGCACACUGCCAGAAACAAUCGUUACUGUGGAACAUGCCAUCGAGAAGUGGAAAUACAACCACAAUAUCGUUGGUACGGCACAACAGACUGGCGCCGCUGCUCUGUGGCCAUAUCGAUUGUUUACAGCGCUAUAUAAAGAUCUUCUUAAAGACAAACAUGGCCGGUUUACGCUCGAAACCAACACGCCCGUGACAUCUAUCAGUCUUGAUCAGAAUGCCACACCAGGCAGUGCAACAUAUCUCCUUCAGACACCCCGAGGGUCAAUUCGAGCUCGACACGUUAUUCACUGUACAAAUGGCCACGCAGGCCACUUGAUCCCGGGCUUAGUAGGAAAGCUAUGGCCAGUGCGGGCUACCAUGUCGCGCCAGAAACUAGGGCCUUCGUUUCCACUACUGGGUAAUCAAGUCUCAUGGACAUACCGAAGCAAGCCAACCAUGGACCCAUCUACUGCCAUCGCCAGCAUCGGACUGUACUAUGCUCAACAGAAUGCCAAGACAGGCGAUCUCUGGAUUGGUGGCGAGAUGCAGAGAAUUGAUGAUAUACUGAGCAGUGACGACUCGGUUGUUUCUGAGCAGGCCAAAAUGAACCUUACCUCAAUCGUGCCUAAAAUGCUCCAUGGUGCCGAACCUGUCAAAACGAUUGGUGUCUGGUCUGGUAUCAUGGGGUUUACGGCUGAUGGACUGCCAAUGGUAGGUCAGCUGCCGAAUGCCUUUACCGGACGUACGGGUCGUGGUGAAUGGAUCGCUGCCGGUUACAAUGGACAUGGUAUGGAUAAGGCUUGGUCCUGUGGUGAGGCUGUUGCUCGAAUGCUGUUGGGUGAGGGAGUGCCGUCAUGGAUGCCGAAUUGCUUUUUACUGGGCGAGGAAAGAUUGAAGGUGAUUAGAGAGCAAGAUGAGGACCUGAUGCCGUCUAAUUUUCUCGGCAGGAUGGGAAUUGUAUUAUAA